AUGGAAGAGAAGCUAAAAGUGCCACUCGGCAGCAAACACAGGGGACAGCCUCCCGCUCAAGAAGAGGGACCAAAGAGCCACACCGAACUCACCACAAAGCACACUGGCCCAUUCCAGCCUGUGCCGAGACGGGUCAGUGCCCUGUACCAGCCCUGGAUGCAGACACCCACACCUAACAGGUCCAAACCGCAGAUUCUUUCUGCAUUCAGGGAGCAUCAUGGCUGGGCAGAGUGGAGAGAGUUCAACCCCUUGCAUCCUGGAUGGGACUUUCCUCACCACUAUCAGCACCAAAGCCACAUAUCUGGCACACCUGCACUCCACCCAGGCCAUCCGUACUAUCCUUCCAGAUUCAACGCUGUCUCCCUGGAGGGUUUGCACAGAGCGAGUGGAGCGUACAGCUGGGUGAAGCACAAGACUUCAAGAGAGAAGAGUUUGAACGCAGAGAGGCAGACCUACAGCAGGCAUAAAGGUCCUUACAUGAGGAGAGGAGAGAGAAAAACUGAGUAUUUUCCCAGGGUCGAAAAGGCAAGUACUUCACCUUUGAGCACAAGCCUACCUCACUCUCCCCGUGAGAACCCCAAACUUCAACCUGAUUUGUCACACAGAUCAACAAAGGCUGCCUCUAUUUCUGGACAUUCCUUCAUACAAGUUUCCCCAAACAACUCCAAAAGCGCUGGCGGCUUCACAAAGGAGGACGCUUCAAGAUCUCCCACGAGGCCCUCCUCUGAGCAUGUUUCCUCCUCCACCGCCUCUCCUAACCGUUUCCCCUGGCUCCUCCCUCACUUUGUGGCCGGUUCUCUGAUUGAGCUCAGGGACGGGCGGCUGAGGAGGGUAGAGCACCUGCAAACUGAAGAUUUCCUGCUUGGCUCACUGGCCUGUCCAGACCUGCGCCUGAGCUGCUGCACGGUGCAGAGUAUCUCCCCCUCAGCUUCCUCGUCCUCGAUCUCCCGCCUCCUCAUCAUGCUUCACGACCAGCAGAGCCAGGAGCUGGUGGAUGUGUAUGUGGAGUACCCGUUCUUCGUGCGUGGGCGCGGCUGGUCUUCCUGCAGCCCUCAGAAGACUGCCCGCCUCUGCGGCCUGCAGUGCCACCAGCUCAGCGUAGGGGAUGUCUGCCUGGCUCUCACACCUGUAUUAGCUCCCCAGGCUCCACAGCCAGCCACACCGGAGCCAAAAACCUCACCCGGGAAGUUAGAAGAGGAAGGGUGUGAGUCCCUAAAAGCACCACAUCCACAAUCUGGCCCGAGCACACCGCUUCACACAAGGCCAGGGGAGCAAGCACUGGAGCAGAAGAGGGGCACAGAGGCGGUCCGCAGGAGGCACUUCUCAGCCCCUGAGCUGAGAGGUCCAGGAACUAAUUGCAUGUAGUGAACAGUGGCUGUUUCAUUAGCAGGGAGCUAGCUGGUUGCUUUUCAGCUCUUUUCUAAUCAGCCUGUAUUUACUGUCAUUCUACCUCCUGAAUCCUAUUUCUGUGCUUGACUGUUGGUAUGAUGAUUGUAUCUAAGGAGGAACCGCUUAAAGAGGAAAGAUUAACUCUCAGGAUCCCCCGGAGGUGUGAGAACACAUGCUGUAUUUGUCAAGGUUAGUCAGGGAUCACACGCUGACAACAUGAAUCGUGUCAGAGCUCGACAUUGCAUCUGCUGUGAGCCUACACAAAGUCUGCAGCAGCACGUAAUUCAGAUCUUAUACGCAAGAACUCAGGCUAUGUAAGACCUUUUCUUUUUCUUUUUGAAAUGUAGAACCAAAGUGUAAAAUUUGUGUUGCCACAUAAAACCGCUUCAGUGACAGUGCGUUUGAGGGAAACCCUGUUAGUUCAAAGGAUAGCGUGUUUGAGUUUUUGGCUCUGAUGUAAGUGUUCAUAUUAUUAUUCCUAGCAGUUCUGACUAAAUCAGCCCACGUUCCUUGAAAAGCACAUAAAAAUACUUCCUCAGGUCUUUCGCUGCUCAUGAUAGUUUCUCUCUUUUCCUGCCUGGUAUUAUAUAAGAGUUCUUUGUGAUCACAAAAGGAAACUUUGCUCCGAAUUGGAAACUGGAUACUUUAACCAAUUUGACAAUUUCAGAUUUACAACAAACGUGAUUUUUUUCGCUACAUGAGAAGGAUUUCAUUUUACGCUUCUACCUCUAUUUCUUCGAUAACAGGUCUAACCUGUGCUUUUAAAAGCGUGGGCUGUGAUGUGUGAGUGUAAUAUAGAGGCACAAAGCUUCUCAGUGAUGUCGGUAUAAAUGCCUUUUUUUUAUGCCUGGAUAUAUUGUAUUGUGUAUAUGCUGUGCUUUGUUUUUUGUACUGAUGCUCCUUUUUGAAUGUGUCCCACUGUUAAGAGUGGACAUGAAAAAGACUGGAAAGUGUGCGUAUACACAGCUCACCUAACAGUUCAUUUUAAGUGAAUAGGAUGAUCUUUAAAUGUAGAGUUAAUAAUAAUAAUGCCAGAGUUAAUGGACACAAGGUGCUGUAGGUGAAGGUGAAGCAAAGCUGAAGAAAUAAAUAUUCCAUGUGUCAACCGUGCAGCCCAUUCAGUACUUACAGAGGAGGCGUUUACAAACCAAACAUGCUGAUAAGGUAAAAAAAUAAAAAAUAAAAUCUU